UUCAUUCUAACCCCUUAUUGCAUCUAUCUAUAGUUUCAUAAAAUAUAUUAAUUCUCAAAUUAAAGAUGUAUGGAGUAAACAAAGUCACAAUUGUUGCCUUUGCUAUGAUGCUUUGCAUCUUCCUUCAAACCAACAUUUCAAAAGCAGAUACAUUUCUUGCUGGUGAUGCUAAUGGAUGGGGUUUCCAAUUGAAUGGUUGGCCUAAUGGCAAGACUUUCAAGACUGGCGAUGUUAUCGAGUUUAAGUAUCCAGCCGGAGCGCACAAUGUGGUGAAGGUGGACCAAGCAGGGUUUAACUCUUGUAAUGGUGCUGGUGGACAAGUUUUUUCUUCCGGAGAUGAUAAGAUAACUCUUACAAAAGGAACAUCAUAUUUCAUUUGUACUAUCGGACAACAUUGUGCUAAUGGUGUUAAGGCUGCUGUUACCGCCAAUUAACUUACUCCAAUUCUAUAGUCUUUAUUUUCAUUCAAGUCGAUAAUUAUAACU